AUGUCUCUUCUAGCUGAAGUUGUUCGAGCCCGUAUAAUAUCAAAAAGUAAGACUUUGAAACGACCCAUUACACCAGGUGGUGCUGCGAUCCAAUACUAUGGUGUGUCAAUCAAAAGAGUUAUGAAGGGUAUGGAUAUCACAAAGGUUCGUCACAUCUACGCGCAUGCUGACUGCGGUGUGAACCUUGAAGUGGGUGCAGCGUAUAUGCUUGAAGUUGAAGAGAUGUUUUACGGGUUUCUACAUACCCCUUGUGGAAUAGCUGAGUUUUGGAAUAACACGAAAUGGUUGAGGGAUCAUAUUAAAAGGCACAAGAAUGACCCGAGAAUCAACUGUAAAUGA